GCAGAACCACAACUUUUCACUACCAACCUAUCCCCUCUGCACAUGGACGGCAUCUGUCACACACUGAUCAUCAUCACUCUCUCCCCCCAGCUCAAUCAAUAUUCCACUAAUUAAACCCUCCAUUGAUGAUUUUCUAUAUAACUCACUCGCGGCCACUCUUCCAUUGUCGCCUUACUUAACCAAGAAGCAUAGCCAUAGCUAGUGAUCGAUGUGUCCGUCCAUUCCUGUAUAAAAAAGAUAGGCGUUGUAGCGAGCACUAUCACUAAGCCGUAUAUAAAGAGAGCAGUUUAGUACUAAAGUGAGUGUGCUAGUGUGAGCUUAGUGGCAAUGGCGAUGAGAGGCGGUGGUGCGACGAUGCUGUCGUGGUACUUGCAGGUGGCGGCGGUGAGCUUGCUGGCGAUGGCGACGGGGCUGGAGGCGCAGCUGCGGGUGGGGUUCUACGACAACUCGUGCCCGGCGGCGGAGAUCAUCGUGCAGCAGGAGGUGAGCAAGGCGGUGUCGGCCAACCCGGGCCUCGCCGCCGGCCUCGUCCGCCUCCACUUCCACGACUGCUUCGUCAGGGGGUGCGAUGCGUCGGUGCUGAUCGACUCGACGAAGGGGAACCAGGCGGAGAAGGACGCCGGGCCGAACACCAGCCUGCGUGGGUUCGAGGUGGUCGACCGCAUCAAGGCCCGCGUCGAGCAGGCUUGCUUCGGCGUCGUCUCCUGUGCCGACAUCCUCGCCUUCGCCGCCCGCGACAGCGUCGCCCUGACCGGCGGGAACGCGUACCAGGUGCCGGCGGGGCGGCGGGACGGGAGCGUGUCGCGGUCGUCGGACACCGGCGGCAACCUGCCGCCGCCGACGGCGAGCGUGAGCCAGCUGACGCAGAUGUUCGCGGCGAAGGGGCUGAGCCAGCGGGAGAUGGUGGCGCUGUCCGGGGCGCACACCAUCGGCGCGUCGCACUGCAGCUCGUUCAGCAGCCGCCUGUACCGGGCGGGCACGACGGCCGGCGGCGCCGGCGGCGGGCAGGACCCGACCAUGGACCCGGCGUACGUGGCGCAGCUGGCACAGCAGUGCCCGCAGAGCGGCGGCGCCGCCGGCGGCGGCGCGCUCGUGCCCAUGGACGCCGUCACCCCCAACGCCUUCGACGAGGGCUUCUUCAAGGGCGUCAUGAACAACCGCGGCCUGCUCUCCUCCGACCAGGCGCUGCUCGGCGACAAGAACACCGCCGUCCAGGUGGUCGCCUACGCCAACGACGCCUCCACCUUCCAGAGCGACUUCGCCGCCGCCAUGGUCAAGAUGGGCGCCGUCGGCGUGCUCACCGGCAGCAGCGGCAAGGUCAGGGCAAACUGCAGGGUCGCCUGAUGCAAAUCGGUAAGCCAUAGCUUAGCUCGCCGUGACAACGUGACGUAUCAUGUAUGUAACGUGCAUUUUGUGUGUGCGUGUGUGUGUAUGGUUGGUUGGUUGUGCAUCAAGAGCUAGAGCUCUCUAUUCUUUGGCUGAUGAUCUGUAUUAAUUCUUUGUGACUGUGUGUGUCUUUUGAGAGAACUGUAAGUUGUAACUAGCCAUGUGUGCCAAAUGGUGCUUAAUAAUUAAAAAAAAGAGAAGCUAAUUAAUUGUUGA